UGUCUCCUUUCGGUGGUCGGUCUCAGUAUUAGAGCGCAGACAAGAACUGGAUGUCAGCAGAGGCAAGAGUAUCUACAUGUUUAUCUGCACUGGAAACCAGCUGGGGUUUCCUGGUGGACCUUGCCAGACUCAGUAACACAACUCCCAGAAUACCUUUCCCCCGCCGCAGUCCAUAACGGGGUGUGUCUCUCGGUGGCGUUACACAAGCACGUCUGAGCAAGAAAGGGCUUUUUUUUUUUUUUUUUUUUUUGGAUUUCCCGUUUCCUGUAACAGAAGCUGUUGAGCAGAAACGAAACGCUGUGUUUUCCGGGAGGCUGUACCGGAAUUAAAGAUCUCCCAAGUCAGGCUGCUGCUCUUACGUCUCCGCUUCUCUGUCGCAAAAGUAGCUACAGUAUGUGAAACUGGAAGUCAGAGUAAAAGACAAGAGGGGAAAAGUGUAACUAUUAUGCAACACGUGGCAGAAGUUCCACAGUGUCUUAACACAGCUAUUCCUCAAUAACAGCAGAUGCUCAAGAGGCUGAGGUAGAACUGGGUGCUUGGUGACUAUUUUCCAACAUGACUCCAGCAACCUUCAUGGUUGCUUGCUGAUAGCAUUGUCCUUUCCUAAAUUUGUACCUCAGCCUUCAAGGGCCUCCUUUAUUGAGAAUCAAUGCCUCUCCUAGGUAAUUGAUCACCAUAGACCCAGGGACACUCAAUUCAUCCUGGAGGGUGGGUAAUCGUCAUGAAUAAUCAAGACACCGUGGCUUCGAUACUGCAUGAGUGCAAGCAAGUGCUGGAUCGCCUCUUGUUGGAAACGCCAGAUGUGUCUACAGAGGAUGAGUGUGAGGACCAGCGGUGCAGAGCCUCCCUCCCCGGCGAGUUAAGGACCCUGAUCCAGGAGGCAAAGGAAAUGAAGUGGCCCUUCGUGCCUGAAAAGUGGCAGUACAAACAAACCAUGAGCCCAGAGGACAAAACAAACCUGCAAGAUGUGAUUGGCGCCGGGCUGCAACAGUUACUGGCGGCCCUGAGAGCUUCCAUCCUUGUCCAGGACUGUGCUGCCGCCUCCGCUAUUGUCUUCUUGAUGGACCGGUUCCUGUAUGGACUCGACGUCUCGGGAAAACUCCUGCAGGUCGCCAAAGGCUUGCACAAACUGCAGCCCGCAACGCCCAUUGCCCCGCAGGUGGUCAUCCGCCAAGCCCGGGUCUCCGUCAACUCAGGGAAGCUGCUGAAGGCCGAGUACAUCCUGAGCAGCCUCAUAAGCAACAACGGAGCAACCGGUACCUGGCUGUAUAGGAAUGAGAGUGACAAGGUCCUGGUACAGUCGGUCUGCAUACAGAUCAGAGGGCAAAUUCUGCAGAAGCUAGGCAUGUGGUAUGAAGCGGCUGGAUUGAUAUGGGCCUCCAUCAUAGGCUAUUUGACACUCCCUCAGCCAGAUAAGAAGGGCAUUUCCACAUCACUGGGCAUACUGGCAGACAUCUUUGUUUCCAUGAGCAAAACCGAUUACGAAAAGUUUAAGAAGAGCCCGAAGGUUAACCUGGCCUUGCUCAAGGAGUUUGACCACCAUUUGUUGUCAGCCGCAGAAGCCUGCAAACUGGCAGCCGCCUUCAGUGCUUACACGCCCCUGUUUGUGCUCACGGCUGUGAAUAUCCGCGGCACAUGUUUGUUGUCAUACAGCUGUUCUGCUGACUGCCCUCCAGGAAUGAAAAGUGUAUAUCUGUGUGAAGCCAAAGAAGCUUUUGAGAUUGGCCUCCUGACCAAGAAAGAUGGCGAGCUGGUUAGUGGAAAGCAGGAGCUACACAGCCUCAUCAAAGCUGCUUUCGGACUCGCCACGGUGCACUGCAGACUCCACGGGGAGACAGAUGCAGUUCGAGCGGCAAGGCAGCUAUGCAAUGACGCUAUGGGCAAGCUCUACACCUUCAGCCUUUCCCCCACAAGCCUGGACAGAGAAGCCCUGUCUCAGGAGAUCAUGUCUCUCAUCAGCCAGGUGAAGGGACAUCUACAAGUUCAAAGCUUCCCAAAUUUAGAUGACAGAUCUUAUGUCCCGGAGAGUUUCGAGUGUGGUUUAGAUAGGCUCGUCUUACACGGGCAUGUGGAUUUCCAACAAAUUCUUGAAACCUAUUCCCAGCACCAUACUUCAGUGUGCGAGGUGUUUGAAAACACUUGUGGGAACAGCAAGAGCAACCAGAGAGACACAAAACCAGAGGUCUGUAUCACCACUCUAAAGACAGAAACAAACACAGCAGAGACAAUGAGUGCUACUCUAGAGAGAGUGUGCUCCCAAGACAGCAAGAGUGCUGCUUCUUCCAAAAUGUCUGAUCAAGAUCAAGAGAAGCGCAAAAGAGGAGGAAGGAGGAGCUGGACCCAUUCCGAGGCAUUUCGAGUCUCCCUGGAUCAAGAUAUGGGCACUGAGACGGAGCCACCAAACCACAGCAAUGGCGGGGCAGACGUUUCCAGCAAGUCUCUGAGAGACAGCUCUAGCUCUAGUUCUUGGAGCAGACUGUCGGGGCUCAGCUCUUCCACAAGCUGGGAGGAAGUUAGCUGCGCUGCUCAGGAUAUAGUAAGGAAAGAAUCUAGUCAAGAAGAACAUCUCGUGGACACUCAGUGCUCCACGGCAGAGUCUGAGGAGCCCAAGAGGGACGGAAGCCGAAGAGGUACAUAUGUAUUGUUUUCAAAGCUCCAUGGUGUCCCUCUUCAGACAACUGAAGAUCACAACUUAGAGUCUUCUGAAAGGCAGCUACACAAACGCACACCCAUUCUUCCUCUCAACACAACAGAUAUUUGUUUGGCCUCAGGGGCAGGGCUGGUAGAAACCCCUGAAGGAUCUAAAAAUACUUCUCUUCAGCCAAGUCGUUCAUGCAGUUCUGAUUCCUGGUCCUUGUCUAGUUCGGGCAGGUUCAUGGAUGUGACCACAAAUCCUUCAGUUCGGGAAGAAGAAAACUCUGGAAUAAUUGGUGAUUUCCCAGAAUCCAAGUGUGACUUUAAAGACUGGCAUGGAGAAAAGAAUGGGGAGAAACUCACUGAAAUAUUCACAAGGCCUGAAUUAACAUUUGCCCCCUCCUCGGUCGACCCGGAAGGAGAAACAGCAGAAAGCACAGAUGACGGACCAUCACCCUCUCAGGCAGCCCUAGGAUGUUUAGAAGACAGCCAUUCAAUGUCUACAUGUAGGACUUUCUUUCUAGAUGGGUCUAUUCAAAAUGCUGCCUCAGCAAAGACUGGCUGCCCAGUCAAAGACCAGACUGUCGACCCGGAUGCGUCUACGGUGGAUGAGGAGGGCCAAAUGCUUGACAGCACAGAGGUUCACCCCAUUAGCCAAGAUGGCGCUCACAGGCCAUGUGCUUUGAGGUCCAGUCAGAGUGAAGAGGGGCCAAAGUCCUUUGCAAAUGGCUCCAGUCCUUCCCCUGACUUUGAUGAGGACUGCAGCACCACCGAGGAUGGGAAGGAACUUGGGAGCCUGCUGAAGAGCAGCCAGAACUCCAGCUCACUCUCACAGUGGUGGCUAAAAUCACCAGCCUUUUCCCGCAGUUCGUCUGAGGGGGGAAGCUCCUGGUCUCUCCUGAACUCUAGCAGAAGUUCCUUCGUCUCAUUGCCAGGACAGACCAGUCAGGAGAUCCUUGAGGCUCGCACCCUACAGCCUGAUGACCUUGAAAAACUUCUGGCAGGUGUGAGGCAUGAUUGGCUGCUUCAGAGGCUGGAGAAUACAGGAGUCUUGAAGUCCAAUCAACUCCAACAAGCGCACAGUGCCCUUCUGCUAAAGUACUCCAAAAAGUCUGAGUUGUGGACAGCCCAGGAGACUGUGGUGUAUCUGGGAGACUACCUGAACGUGAAGAAGAAGGGCAAGCAGAGAAAUGCAUUUUGGGUCCACUAUCUCCAUCAAGAGGAAACCCUGGGGAGAUACGUUGGGAAGGAAUACAAGGAGCGGAAGGGGCUCCGGUACCACUUCGCUGAUGUGGAGCGUCAGAUGACAGCACAGCACUAUGUGACAGAGUUUAACAAGAGACUCUACGAGCAAAAGAUUCCAACGCAGAUAUUCUACAUCCCGUCUACAAUAUUGCUGAUUUUGGAAGACAGGACUAUAAAGGGAUGCAUCAGUGUGGAGCCUUACAUACUGGGAGAAUUUGUCAAGCUAUCAAAUAACACAAAAGUAGUCAAAACUGAGUACAAGGCUACAGAAUAUGGCUUGGCCUAUGGCCAUUUUUCUUAUGAGUAUUCUAACCAUAAAGAUGUUGUGGUUGAUUUACAAGGCUGGGUGACUGGUAAUGGAAAAGGCCUCAUCUAUCUCACAGAUCCUCAGAUUCACUCUGUAGAUCAGAAAGACAUUACUACAAACUUUGGAAAGCGAGGAAUAUUUUACUUCUUUAAUAACCAACAUGCAAGCUGUAAUGAAAUAUGCCGUCGUCUUUCUCUGACUAGACCUCUACUAGAGCAAACAAGUAAGAUAUAGGCUGUGGGUUGGGAGCUCGACGAGCCUUCCUUCAGGAGCCUAGCUAGCAUCAGACCUGCCUCCUUCUGGGCAUAUAGAGCAGGGCACGUAUUGACAUAUUGAUUGAUUGGGCCAAUGGAUGAUUCCAGCCACUGACUUAUGAGAGGAAUUCACAAGUGUCAAUUUCAGGCCUACACUUGCUUGCCAGGACGAGAUCCUGCAGACCUUGUUCCCUCUGACACAGGGACCUGUCUGGAGGCUGUCCUGGGCUCUACAGUUGUAUAUGAUGUUUGAGGUCCUGAGUUGUAUGAAGACAACAUAGGAAAGGGCCCCAACUAACCCACAAUGGAUGCGAACCUCAGCUGAAAACAAACUGCUGGCCUGGAGAGAUGGCUUAGUGGUUAAGAGCACUGACUACUCUUCCAAAGGUCCUGAGUUCAAAAUCCCAGCAACCACAUGGUGGCUCACAACCAUCCAUCUGAUGCCCUCUUCUGAUGUGUCUGAAGACAACUACAGUGUACUUACAUAUAAUAAAUAAAUCUUUUUUAAAAAAAGACAG